GGCAAAGACGACUUCGAAAAUAAAAACGGGUCAAGCGAACCAAAACAGAAAGUAAGGCAAAUUACCACCUGGCGGAGAGAUUGGUGGAGAAUUUACACGAGGAGUUUGUUUAAUUUUAGAGAGUAACGUUUGUAAAAAGAGCAACAGAGGGCAACAAACUGCACGGGAUGACCUCCGCGGUGUCGGAACGAACGAAGCGCCAUCCCUUCACCAUCACGUGGUUCCUUAUAUAACGCAGUAGCAUUCGGUGGGAUUCAUUACGUAAAGAGAAAGCGAACGGAGCCUGCGCAGUGCUCGAGUUGUGUGACAAUCGCGAGCCAUACUAUGAUGAACAGUAGCUGAUAGUUAUUCACGUAGUCAACAACCAUGUACGGACACAUGUUCGGUGAGAGAGGCGAAGAGAAUGUGGAUCUACUAUUAGGUCUAGCAGAUUCUCUCGUGAGCGAAGGUAAAGUAACACAAGCUAUCGACGUGUAUAGCAGAGCUUACCGUAUCGGAUCUGUGUCGCCAGAAAGACUAGGGAGUUUAGUAGAAGCUAUGGUCGAAGUUGCCAGAGAGCGUGCGUCUGAUACUUGGAACUCUUCCCUGCCUAGACAUGACAUUUUUCUAUGUUCGCUCUGCCAAAGUAUGUACGUCGAUCCAGUCACUAUCCCUUGCGGUCACACUUACUGCAAGAGAUGCCUGGCUAAAGAUUGUUAUCCAAAGACAUGUAAGAAGUGCGGUGUUUCGCACGCUCAGAGUCAGUUAACUCCUCUUAAAUCGAACGUUUUGAUUACGACAGUUCUAGACAAGUGGAAAAAUAAUGAAAUGAAAGCUGCUAAAUUAAGACUCGAAGGUUGUGAACUGUUUCAGAGAGGAGAGGCCAUUGCCGCUUUAGAGAAAUACAGAGAGGCGUUCGACCUCGGUGAGUGUAUAUUUUCUCUACUUAAAUAAUAAGUACAGGUAUUCGAUUUUCUUUCGCACGCAAUUAUUCGCUUGAUUUUUAACUUAAUUCCUUCUAAAAAAUAUAUUUUAUAAUAAUAAGUAUUAACGAUAUAUAUACAGUAUUUAACGCGCUUUAACCGAAAAAUUUAUUAUUUAUAUUUCGGUUAAAUAAAAUAUAACGCGUGUUCUAAUAUGGUGUCAAAUUAUUAAUGAAAUUGAAGUGGUAUUUAAUUUUGAAUUCAAAUCAUUUUGAAAAUGGAGAUCCCGCGUCGCUUUCUAUUGGUGAACUUUUGACCAAUGAGGCGCGUCUUAUUAUGAAAAGUGCUUAUACAAGUUGAUAGAGGGUCACGUGACGAAUGCGAGUCCUUGUCCUCGCUACGGUAGCGGAUCUUAUACAACUAUCCCUUAAGGCAAGUCAAAGUUCGAACACGUGUACAAGAUUUCGAUAAUAAUAACCCAGUGUUUAAGCGUCUAGACUGUUUAUCGAAAUUAUUUUCGUUGUUAUCGCUAUACAGAAAUAAAGAAUCUUCGCAAGAAACACUAGUUUCAUUAUUAUAAGAAUUUUUUCGAUUUUUUUUAUGACUUAAAUAAUGAUGUAAUUAGUUUAAGGAAGAAUAGUCAAUAGAAGGUUUAAAUUAACAUAUUGGAAAUUUUAAACGAAUGAAGAAGCGGCUUUAUUUUAAUGAAAAAUUUAAGAAAUGCGUCUUUAAAAGAUUUCCUUGUUUCUAUUCGGGUUAAAAAUUAUAAAGUAUUAUAUAAGUAGUUGUUUUCCCGAAACUAACCCUUACGUAACUAGCACUCUAGAGCUUUGCGUCAUCAUGCGCUUGAUUUGCAGAUUUACGGUUUCUUUUAUUUAUUUAUUUAUUUAUUUCUUAAGAACACGUGCGGAAUUAUUGCAGUAAUAUACUGUAUAUAUAAGUUCUAUUUAAAUCAUUACUUAAAUUAACUAAUUAAAUGUUUUAUUUAAUAUAUGUAAAAAUUAUAUAUAUAUUUAUGCAUGGUAGAAUGCAAAAUAUUCAAGUGACGAAAUGAGGUUGCAUAAUUGUUUCGUUGACAAAAAGUUUGCCGUAUCUCUCUCUCUCUAUUGCCAACUCACGGUUCACAUACGCGGAUUUUCGGUCGAUCCGCUACACGUGUCGAACUUCGAUCACGUGAUAGCGGGGAGGAUUAAACGGAAUUGUUUACGUGUUCUUGUCAUUCUGAUAGCGUGACUUUCCGUGUUCGCUAGUUAAACAUCACAAGGUUAAAUCAUAUUUUUAAAAAUGCCACCCCGAUUGUCGCAUUUGUUCACAUACGUGGGGUAUUUUCUACUCCCAAAUUAUUUAUAAUCGAAUAUAUAAUUAGAAAAUUUUCGUGUCUAAUACUUCCUUGAUUAAUUAAUUAUCUAAUUAAAAAAAAAAAGCCGAAAAUUAGAGACGGAAAAUAAAAUUGUUGGAGUGAAGAUUGUUAGGUUUUGAGUCAUCGACACUUUUAAAACUACUUGUUAACGCGUAACAGGAAGAUGACGAAUUUUUUUUUGCCUUGUUGGACCGUAUUAAAAGGUCUGAUACUGUAUUGUUAUCAAUAGCCUACAACACCGAGGGAGGUAACACAAUUUCCAGUCUGUCGGAAUUGUAAGCAAAGCGGUCAUCUUAACUAUUAUCGUUAUAUAAUGACACUUUCGCUUUGUUGAUUUUUCUCGUUACGGUGUAUAUCGUCGACGUAGGUGUAUAUCAGCAUUAAAUGUCGACUAGAAAUCCGCUGAAAGUCAUAAUAAUUUAAAAUAUUAAAAAAUAAAAAAAAAAUAAUAAUAAUAUACGCCCAAUUUUACAUUGGGGCGAAAUUGUCUCUACUUUUUCCCUCUUUUUUUUUCGCCGUUUUGAAUAUUAUUUCCGGGGCGUUGGUU